CCCUGGCAUGCCCGGCUGGAUUACUAUGUCCCAGUACUCCAUGAAUUUCCUCCUGCUUCCCAUCCCGGAAUACCCGCUCCUGGAGUGCGCGCCCAACAAAAUCAUCAAGCUGGUGGUCCUGGGGGGAAGCGGCGUGGGAAAGACCGCCCUUGUUGUGCGGUUUCUCACCAAGAGGUUCAUCGGAGACUACGAAGCCAACACGGGUGCUUUAUACUCCAGAAAAUUCACCAUUGAUGGAGAACAGAUUUCCUUGCAAGUCCAGGACACCCCAUUUGUUUCUCUGGAGGAUGAGAACGACACCAUCUGUUGCCAGGAGCAGAUAAACCGGUCCAUUUAUUGGGCUGACGGCUUCGUCUUCGUCUACUCCAUCACGGACUAUGAAAGCUACCGCGUCAUCCGCCCGUUGCACCAGCACAUCCGGAAGAUUCACCCCAACGCCAACAUCCCUUUGCUGCUGAUGGCCAACAAAGGCGACCUGCUCCGAGCCAGGCAGGUGUCCACAAAGGAAGGCCACCAACUGGCCAACGAGCUGGGCUGCCCGUACUCGGAGGUCUCGGCGCGGGAGAACUGCGAAGGGGUCCACGAGGCCUUUCAGCAGCUGUGUCAGGAGCUGAGUCGGAUCAUUGGGAAUUGCAACGGGGAGAAACGGAGGGGCCUCCAUCUCGUCCGGCCCAAAUCGCCCAACAUGCAAGAACUGAAAAGGAGGCUGAAGCAAGCCUUGUCUUCGAAAGGCAAAACUGCCACCAUGCUCUGA